AUGUAUAAGCACGUUUGUACAUUUAGAAGAGUCUAUCAAUACUAUCUUUCCCUCUAUCGACCUCUAUCAUUCUGUUCAUAUGUAUCUUUCUCAUUCUCUUCAUAUCUAUCUAUCUAUCUAUCUAUCUAUCUAUAUAUAUAUAUAUAUAUAUAUAUAUAUAUAUUAAAUAUAUAUAUAUAUAUAUCAAUUUAUUCAUAUCUAUCUCUCUAUCUAUCUAUCUAUCUCUUCUGUUCAUAUCUAUCUAUCUACCUAUCUAUCUAUCUCAUUCUGUUCGUAUCUAUCUCAUUUUUAAUGUCUAUCUAUCUAUCUAUCUAUCUAUCUAUCUAUCUAUCUAUCUAUCGCAUUCUGUUCAUAUCUCGCUAUCUAGGUAUCUCAUUUUGUUCAUAUCUAUCUAUCUAUCUAUCUCAUUCUGUUCAUAUCUAUCUAUCUAUCUAUAUACAUACUGGAUGGCCCUCCCCACAUAAAAGGUUCGUGUAUCAUAAUUUCUCUCUCUCUCUUUCUCUUUCUAUCUAUCUAUCUUUUUCUAUCUAUAUUCUUGUUCUCCCGCUUACACUCUCUCUAUUCUACUGUUUCUGUCUCUAUCUUUCUCUGUUUGUUUUGCCAUUUAUCUCUACUCUCCCCUCCACUCUCUCGCUCUCUUUAUGUUUGCUUAUCUGUUACAUGUUUCCGUUCGCUUUUUCUCUCUCUUCCCCUCUUUCUUUCUCUUUCUUCAGCAUACACACACACACACAUCCGUCUUCUCUCUCUUUAUUGCCAUAUUUCUCCGACACUGCUUCUUUUUCAUCUUUUUCUCGUCUUUCCCUUUUCGUUACGUUUUUUUAUUAUUCUUUCUCCCUUUAUUUUCUUAUCCCUACCUUUCUUUAUUUUUCUUUCUCUUUUUCUAUCUUCCAUCUUCAUUUAAUGUUUCGCUUUCUGUUUUCUUUUCUUUUUUCUUUUCUAAUCAUCUUCUUUGUAUGUUUCUUUUUCGCCAGUAUUUCCUCUUCUCUUCAUUCAUUCAUUCAUUCAUUCAUUCAUUCAUUCAUUCAUUCAAUCUUUCAUUCUCCCACUUCUUAUUCUACCAGUCGCGAUGUAUAUGAUCCCACAAAUCUUUCACGGAAGGACAGACACCCAAUUCCAAGUAGAGAACAAUUUGGGCUGAACACUGCAGGUUCGAACCUCAAUACCGAUUUUUUAUUUUUAUUCCAUUUUCCCCCUCCUAUGAACCAUUGA